UAGCAAUUGAUGAACAAGUACUUAAUUGUAGAUUAAUCAUUUCUUCGGAGUUUUAAGUAUGGAAGAUUUAUUAGAAUGUAAUAUUUGCAUGGAACCUUUUGACGCCACUGAAGAAAGAAUUCCGAAAAUUCUAUCCUGCCAACAUUCGUUUUGUAUGUCAUGUUUAGCAGCGAUUUUAAAGAACAACAGAUGUUGAUGCAGUCAGAGAAGUCGCUGUUGAAUCUUUUUGCACGCAUUCAAACAUGGAUUAUAGUUCUGCACUUGACCAUAUGUUUAUAUACUUCAGUAUAUGCUGCCCAAUAUGUCGUCGCAAGCAGAAAUGUAAAAGCGUUGACGAACUUCAGAAUAACCUGUAUGUUGUGCGUCUGCUUGAUUUGCGGAAGACAACCAAACAGAAGAAAAAAUGUCAGAGAUGUCUUCGAAUUACUGAACGAUGUGAAAAUUGUUCUGACCAUUCAUUGUGUAGUAAUUGUUCGUCUAUUGACAUGAGCAAACGAAUGGAAGAUAUCGAGAAAUCAGUUCAAAAGAAUUCGUCAUCUAUAUCAGAGAUUCAAUUAAAUCUCAUAAGAAGAGAAUUUUGGGAAAGAUGCCUUCAAGAUUAUUCCGUUGGCGUAAAUAAAUUGUUGCAGGUUGUGGCGGUUAUUUUGAAUUUCAUGAUAUUGAUAUAUUUAAUUCAUUGGCUAAAAGAAAAUGCAACAUACCAUUGGAUGAUCACCUUAUUUUUCUUACUUAUUUGCUGUGCUCCAACCAAAACCCAUAUCGAAGAUCGCCAAACACCACUGGAGGUAAGAAGGGCAAACAUCGUGCGCCGGAGAAGACGUUAUUGAAAUGAGCCUAACAUUUAUUGGAAUUUAGAACCCAAUGGAACGUUCGCCACCAAAUGCCGAAGUCUUUUUGUCAAUACUGCACUUUCCAUCAAACUCUGCACAAACCAUUUAAAAUUUUCAAUACUCAAAGAUGGAUGAAGUGGCUAGAAAGCUAUUUAUAUAUCGUCACGCUAAUUACCGAAUUGCGUAAGUCAUUUUUAGCA